AUGCAUCCACCUUUAGAAGCUCAUAAACAUGAAGGCUGUGACAAAGUCAUUGAAGCUUUGGAAGAAUGCCAUAGAGCGGGCACAUUCAACAAAUUUAUUGGCACAUGUAAUGCAGCCAAGAGAGCAGUCGAUGAAUGCUUAAAGGAAGAGUUUCUUGUAAUGCGUGCUGCAAAUAAAGGAAAAGCUCAAGAAAAGAGAAAGAGAAUGGAAGCCAUCUGGAGAGAAAUUGACGAACCACCUGCUGAACUCAAAGAAGCCACUGCUUCAAAAUAG